AUGGUCCCCGCCGCCGCCGCCGCCGCAGCCGCAGCCGCCAACAAUCCCGGUGCCCUACUGGAUGAUCUGGAGCUGACGGCACAACGGAACCUAGCCCUAGCACGACUCAACUCUUCGCCUCUGCCGCCAAUCCAAACGAGUCACCUGGCGAAUGCCGCCGCAGCCGCCGCCAAUGGAGGCGGCCAACCAACGAAUGCCGCCGAACAGUCACUGUACAGCCACCUGUACGGCAAAGAGAUGGGACUGAUGAGAAAGUUGAGCAACAUGGAGGACUACCCGAACCAUGCGGCCACAGCCAGAAACUAUCAGCAACUGUUGCAGCAUCCGGACGGAGUCAUUCCACCUGGAGCGGCAGCUGCAGCAGCCGCCGCAGCCGCCCAUCAAAUGCAGCAGCAACAACAACAGCAGCAGCAACAAAACUUUGGCACCCAUCCCCAUGCCAACAAAUUUAAUCAGUUCAAUUACCCGAAUCAAGGUGGUCUGCUGAAGCCCUGCUACGAUUACGCUUCCCAGCAUCAACAGCUCCAAUCGGCGGGGCCGAACGGCAGUGCAACAGCAGCAUCCACUCAACAGAUGAAAAAGGAAAUGUUUAAUCUCGGUGGAAGCAAUGGUGGAGCUGAUUUAUACAACCCUCGGCCGCCGUCCGUUUCUACCGCCCAAUCGGCGUCAUCAGCUAAUGGACCGACCAAUAACAGCACGGCGUCAUCGAUGGCCAACGGUGGUUCCGGGGGUGCCAGCAACGGAUCUCUAUCAUUCAUGAAUCUUCAUCAGCCAUCAUCGGCAGCUGCAGCAGCCGCCGCGGCCGCCGCCGCCAUGUAUGCCAAUCAUUUUGGUCCCGGCUCGAACAAACAUCAGGAGAACGGUCCCGACAGCUUGGCAGAUUUCAAUCCGAUGCGGAACGGACCGAACCCAAACAACAACAACAACGGCAUCAACCACAUCAAAUCGGCAAACGAUACGACGAUGGCGGCCAUGGCAAGGAGCUCAAUUAUGAAUAAUUUAAACAAUAAUCUUAAUAAAAUCGAACCAAAUACUGAUACCGCACUCAACGAUAAUAACAAUAAUCCACAUAAUCACAACCACCAUCAUCAGCAGCAGCAACACCAUCAUCCGUCGUCGUUCCAUCAUCCGAUGGCGAUGAAUGGUGGGGGCAACCAAGAGUUACCGGGCAAUAAUGGAUCCGGACCGGGUGCCGAUGACGAUAACGAUAAGCUAUCGUCCCCGAUGACGGGAACGUCCACGCUCACCAACAACACCGCGGAUCUGCACGAUACGGAACACGAUAGCAAUGACGAUGGCUAUACCAUCCUGUAA